AUGCACAAAAACUUGUCUGGGCAGAUUCGGCGAUGGCUAGAGCGCUCCAGCAAAGUCUGCGACGGACGCAUAAAGGCUCUAAUCUGCCCGCAUGCAGGCUUGCGCUUUUCAGGCUCGACAGCUGCUUGUGCCUGGAAACAAGUGGACCCUUCGGCUUUCCAGCGGGUCUUUUUGCUGGGUCCCUCUCACUAUAAGUAUUUUAAAGGGGUGGCGCUGCCCUCUGAGAGUUGCGGGGUUUAUUUGACUCCUUUGGGGGACUUGCCGCUGGACACAGACACUUGGGGUGUACGCGCAGCUCUGCAGGCCCUACGGCUUACUGGUGCUUUUUGUGAGGCGUCCAUUUCAGAAGAUGAAGAAGAGCACAGCAUUGAGCUGAUGCUGCCCUUCGUACGGCACACCUUUUCGGAGGGCGUGAAGAUUGUGCCGAUGAUUGUUGGUGAUUUGAAGAGUUUAGAGGACUGCCAGAAAUAUGCGGAUUUGUUAAUCAACUAUUUCCUUCAAGAUGAAAACCUCUUCAUAGUAUCCUCGGACUUCUGCCAUUGGGGACCUCGAUAUUCUUACUUUUACUUGGAGGACCCUCAGCCCGGUGUCCCUAUUCACGCGGCCAUAGAGAAGAUGGACAGAAAAGCCGUCAAAUUUAUCACUGAGCACCAAGGCCAAGGUUUCUAUGACUAUCUGGAGUCUACGGGUCUUUCAGUUUGUGGCCGGCACCCCAUAAGCCUAUUCUUGCUUUCAAGCCAAGCGCUGUCUCGGAACGACUCCUCCGUGUCUUAUGCCGCUCUUUGCACCACAAGGGUUUAG